AUGAAUAAAUCAAUUUCUAUUAUUUUGGCAGUUAUUUUCGCUGCCACUGUUAUCUCUGCUUUGAGCCUUAGAGUCAAGGACAACAGCCCAUACGCCUGUGAAAUGUGUGGACUCUUCUACCAAGGUAUGCUCGGAGAAGUACAAAUGGGUCUCCCAGCCGAAGUUGUUUGCAUGGGUAUGGUUGGUAUGUGCGAGGUCGGUGAAUUCUGGCCAGUUCCAUGGAACUCAUCGAUGGCCUCAGAGUGCGAAUCAUUCAACACUCACUACUGUAUGAAGAUGUCCGAAAUCAUGAACAAGAACGGUUCGAUCACCUCCGAUCAACUCUGUGGUGCCGACCUCCAAGUCUGUCCAGAAUACAAAUACCCAUUGGUCUAUUAA